CUUUCUUCCGUUUUGGGAAGGUCGCGAGUUUCUCAACCUCAAUUUCCCUCCAAAAAACACGUACGAGAAGCGUUUUUUUUUCCCCUUCCAAAGCGGAGUGAAUGAGUCACCUGGAUUCCAGUCUCAUCGUCGGUCUUGUAUCAUUUUGACUUGUAACGCAUAAGAACGUGAAGAGAAGUACGAUCCGCUCAUGAGGUUCCCUUCUCAUAUCGCCACCAGCAACCUUGACUUAAACAGGCAACUUUCCCAUCUUUGUCAAUCCGUGCUGUCCGCCCUCCACCGGAAAAGAGGCUGCUUUCAAAACCAAUUUUUUAACUUUGACCAUUUUGAAAACUCUCGGUGAAAAUAUCAGCUAAUUUACCACUAGCACGCACGUCUUACCCGAUCAAGCUGCAACAAUGCCUCAAUCAACCACCCCCUCCACGACACUCCUCUCACUAGCACAGGCCUACCCUCAUGAACCGGCACACCUCCACAGCGUCAUCAUCCCCCAACUGGCCCACCGCCUCCGUCUAGCAGCCCUCUGGUCCAUCGCGCCCUCGACCAAAGUCCUCGACAUUGGCUGCGGCCAGGGCGACUCGGCCCUCGUCCUCUCGCACGCCGUGACCCCGUCGACCCCCGAUGGUGCCAUCGACGCAUCCGGCACCGGGACCAUAGCCGGAGCAACCCCCGGUCCCACACCCGGACACGUCACGGCGCUGGACCCCGCACCGGGUGACUACGGUGCACCGUACACCCUCGCCGAGGCCCAGUCCCAUAUCCUCUCCUCCUCCCCCUACGGCGCGCACAUCGCCUUCCACCGGUCCGACGCGCCGAGCUACCUCGCGUCCAACCCGUCCGCGAGCUUCGACUCGGCGACCCUGUGCCAUUCGCUGUGGUACUUCCCGUCCCGCGCCGCCGUCGUCGCCCUCUUCGGCGCCCUGCACUCGUCGCGACGCAUCGGGAGGCUGUGCUUCGCCGAGUACUGCCCGCAGGCCCGGACCCCGUCCCAGAAGCCGCACGAGAUGGCGGUUGCGGCGCAGGCGCGGCUCCACGCGCUCCGCGAGGCCCGGGGGAAGUCCGAGCUGAGUGAGGCCAAUGUCCGCUGUGCGCUGGACCCGGAGGAGCUGGUGGCCCUGGCGCGGGAGGCCGGCUGGGUGCUGAAGGAGAGGGGGUCGGUCGACACGCCGGGGAUGCUGGACGGGCAGUGGGAGGUCGGCUCUGUGCUUGCUCCCGACUGGGCGGAGGAGGUCAUUAGGGAGGGCUUGGGGGGAGAGGCCGAGGAGGAGCUUCUGGGCUGUGUUGCUAAGAUCAAGGCUGCUGUUGCCGACUUGAAGAAGGACGGGGAGAAGAUUGAGACGUUGGAUGCUGCGUGGGUGGUCAUGGAGCGCUGAGGGCUCUGGGUCACACACAGCAACACAUCACCGACAGCCCUGGACAGGAUACGGAGUACGCGGCGCCCCCGGUGCCAGACUCCCAUUAGAGACAUGCAAGAGAAGAAUGAUACUGUGUAACCGCUG